AUGCCGAGGCGAGGCUUCCGCCUCCUCUCCGACUCGCCCUCGUUCGCCGACCUCCUCAUCACGGCGGACAAGGCGGAUCUCGUCGUCGGCCGCAGCAUCCACGCCGACUAUCGCAUCGCGAAUGCCCAGAUCUCGGGCACGCACUGCACGCUCCGGCUGACUCCGUCGGGCCGGCUCAAGCUCACGGACACGAGCUCCAACGGCACCUUCGUGAACGGAAGGGAGAUUGCGCGCUUCAAGACCGUCGACGUGCGACGCGGCUCGACCAUCACCUUCCUCGUGGCCUCUGUCGACGAGCGCGACGCCGAGUAUGGCGACGAGGUCCCGGCCUUCACCGUGUGCGACGCUCCGCCGCAGCAGGCGGUGGCGGAGGCGUCGCCCGGCCGCGAGACGGUCCCCGACCGCGUGCCGGCGCCCCCGGCCGCCAAGCCGCCCCCCCAGCCGGCCUCCUGCCGCUCCGAGGUGCAGGGCCGCGUGCUCCGGAAGCGGCCGCCGUCCGGCUCCGCAUCGGGCGGGCGGGCGCGGCAGGUCGCGCGCCGGCCGAGGGAGAGCCUACUGCUGACGCUCUCCGCGGACCUGCUCGGCCAGAUCCUGACCGCCCUCGACACGCCGGCGAUGCUUCGCGCCGCCUCGACCUGCUCCCGCCUGCGCCUCGAGGCGACCGGCGCUCGGCGCGUCUGCUUGCGCUCGCUCCGCGUGCCGCUCGGGCUGGCGGAGGCGGCGGCCUUCUUCGCGCGCUUCCGCCGGCUGAGGAGCGUGCGGCUCGACGGUCCCUGCCUCGCCCGCGACGGCGCGGCCGCCGUCCUCUCCGCCCUCCUCCCCGACCUGGCCGAGCUGGAGGUGCCGGGCAACCCGCUCACCUCGCUCGGCGCAAAGGCGCUGCUGGCGGCGGACUACCCUCGCCACGCGUGCGGACUGCUCCUCGCGCUGCGGCACGCGCCGGCCCUCGUCUCGCUGCGGCUCGCGGGCAACGAGCUCGAGGCGGGGGCGGCGCAGGCGCUGGUGCGGGGCGGCUUGCUCGGCCGCGGCUCCAGCCUCGAGCUGCUCGACAUGUCGCACAACAGCCUCGGCGACGAGGGCGUCUCGGCCCUCGCCGACGCGCUGCGGCACAGGGCGGCGGGGCUCGCCACGCUGCUCCUCGAUCGCAACUUCGCCGGCUGCGAGGCGGCGGGCCGCGUCGCGGGGAUGCUCAAGGUGAACCGGCGCCUGCGCGAGCUCCGCCUCGCGCAUAACGCCAUCCGGCACGGCGGCGGCGAGGAGAUCGCAAACGCGCUCGACGCGAACCGCGGCCUGCAGCUGCUCGACCUCUGCUGCAACACCUUCCUGCUCUCGCUGACGCACGAAUUCUCCGGCGCCGACAGCAAGCUCUACCGCCGCCUCCGCUCGCCGCCGCGCGACGACCUCACCAUUCACCUCGGCUGA